GAGGAACAAGGUGAUCAACUAUCACACUACUUCUCCUUCUGAGGCAUUGAUCACUGCAGAUUUCUCUAUAUUGCAAAAGGGUGGGUGAAAUGGUACAAGUUAUGGAACAAUUAUGCAUGCAAUCGGUGAUUUAAUGUAUUUAUCCACGUGAAAAGCAACAUAGUGUAGCAAUCACAUCAUAGUUACAACAUUCCCAAUGGCUAAAAGGACCACAGGAAUCACUUUUUCCUUUUUUUCCCUCAACUCGUCGUACGUAUCAGUGAUGUGUCUUAGUGCAAUUGGAUUGGGCCUGGGUAAAAAUCGUGUUUCACGUACAAUAUCCUUUUAUAGACAAAAAAGUUGCACCAGUAUCCUUGUGGGCUUCCCAUAGACCAUUAGCUAUGUUUCCCCUCGUGUCAUAAGAUUCUCACUUAUUUUUAAGUGCCAACUUUAAAGUAAAAAGGUAAUUAAUUAUAUUCUCACCAUACAUCAUACAUCUGGGUGGAGUCCACUUAAAUUAGUAAACCCUACAUUAAAUUUUAAGUUAACUAAUAAAAAAGAGAGUUGAUGCAGAAUGUAAAACAGUAAAAGAGAGUUUGGGUAGCUUCUCUCAUCCUUUUUAACUUGUCCAGUAAUUUGGUACUACUUCAACCAAGUCCUUCUCAUUCAUUUUCUCCUGCCCAGGAGCUAAUAUAACACCCCACUGGUGUUGUGGCGCUGUCACAGCAUUAAAUAAUAACGAAGAGAAAUUAAUCGCAGCCAGUAAGACCAGGUUUGGUUUAUUGAGAAAGAAAGUAAGAAACGGAGAACGAUACAAAACGCGUUUGACCUCGUAAUUAAAUCAAAUCGCAUUCGCAUCCCCAUCCCCAUCCCCAUCCCCCCUGAGCCACCUAGCACACCCUUCCUUGUGGUUCACAAUAUGUAGUCUCUGCGAAUCAUUCACUCUCAUCACCAUCAUCAUCUCCUUCUCCUCUGCCAACACACCAUUUUUAUUUUCUUCUCUUAAUUAUUAAACUUUUAUUCCCUCAACCCUUCAACGCCAACUCAUACAACCAACAACAACAACAACACACAACAAACCGAUCCCAUCACAGAGUCCAUGGCGGACUUAGUGAAACAAAUCCUUGCUAAACCGAUCCAGCUGGCCGACCAAGUAACCAAAGCCGCCGAUGAAGCCAGCUUCUUCAAGCAGGAAUGCUUCGAGCUCAAGUCCAAGACAGAAAAACUCGCCGCGCUGCUCCGGCAGGCGGCCAGAGCCAGCUCCGACCUCUACGAACGCCCUACCCGGCGGAUCAUUGAGGAAACAGAGCAAGUUCUUGACAAGGCACUGUCAUUGGUCAUCAAGUGCCGUGCUAAUGGCCUCAUGAAGCGCGUCUUCACCAUCGUCCCCGCCGCCGCCUUCCGGAAGACUUCCUCCCAUCUCGAGAAUUCCAUCGGAGAUGUCUCCUGGCUCCUCCGUGUCUCCGCCCCUGCUGACGACCGAGGAGAUGAGUAUCUUGGACUUCCUCCCAUCGCUGCCAACGAGCCUAUCUUGUGUCUCAUAUGGGAGCAGAUCGCUAUACUUUACACCGGCUCGCCGGAGGAUCGCUCCGACGCGGCAGCCUCGCUGGUUUCCCUCGCUCGCGGCAGCGACCGGUACGGGAAGCUUAUCAUAGAAGAAGGUGGAGUUGGUCCACUGUUGAAGCUCAUCAAGGAAGGGAAGAUGGAAGGUCAGGAAAACGCAGCAAGAGUAAUCGGCCUCCUUGGCCGUGACCCUGAAAGCGUGGAGGUAAUGAUCCACGCCGGAGUUUGCUCCGUCUUCGCGAAGGUUCUUAAAGAAGCUCCGAUGAAGGUUCAGGCCGUUGUGGCCUGGGCGGUGUCGGAGCUUGCUGCUAACUACCCAAAAUGUCAGGACCUUUUUGCUCAGCACAAUAUUAUAAGGUUGCUGGUUGGCCAUCUUGCUUUUGAGACGGUGGAGGAGCAUAGCAAGUAUGCUAUUGUUAGCAUGAAACCUACUUCGAUCCACGCGGUGGUGAUGGCGAAUACAAACAAUCCCAAGAAGGGAAAUGAGAAUGCAGAUGGAGAUAACAAGCAAGCACAGGGUCUGAAUCGGUCACUACAUCAUCCCUUGGGUGAAAGGCCAAGAAAUUUGCAUAGGGUGAUCACUAGUACAAUGGCUAUGCAUAAUGUUACCAAGCAAGGGCCUAAUCAGGAAAAUGAAGCAAACCAAAAUCAGAACUCUUUAGCCAAUGGAAUUGGUAAUGAUGGGAAGCAAGGAAAUCAACCCCUCCAUCAUAAUCAGAAUCAGACUAAUCAUCAGCGUAACUAUUCGCAUUCGGGGAUUAACAUGAAGGGAAGGGAUAAUGAAGACCCUGAGACAAAGGCUAGCAUGAAGGAAAUGGCAGCAAGGGCACUCUGGCACUUGGCUAAGGGUAAUGUCCCGAUUUGUCGUAGCAUCACGGAAUCGAGAGCUUUGUUGUGCUUUGCUGUUCUCCUUGAGAAAGGAGAGGAGAAGGUGCAGUACAAUUCGGCCAUGGCGGUGAUGGAGAUCACUGCUGUGGCUGAGAAAGAUGCUGAUUUGAGAAAGUCUGCAUUCAAGCCAAACUCCCCUGCCUGCAAAGCGGUUGUUGAUCAAUUGCUUAAGAUAAUUGAGAAGGCAGAUUCAGAUCUCCUCAUUCCUUGUGUCAGUGCUAUUGGGAAUUUGGCAAGGACUUUUCGUGCCACGGAGACGAGGAUGAUCGGUCCCUUGGUGCGGCUUCUUGAUGAAAGAGAGGCAGAGGUAUACAGGGAGGCGUCCAUCGCCCUCACGAAAUUCGCCUGCACUGAGAACUACCUUCACCUUGAUCACUCCAAGGCGAUUAUAACCGCAGGCGGGGCUAAACACUUGAUUCAGCUUGUGUAUUUCGGAGAACAGAUGGUUCAGAUUCCUGCAUUAGUUCUGCUCUCCUACAUUGCGCUGCACGUCCCGGACAGCGAAGAGCUUGCUCAGGAUGAGGUGUUGGGAGUGCUUGAAUGGGCAUCAAAGCAAUCUUCCAUGACACAUGAUGAAACCCUUGAGGCUUUGCUGCAAGAAUCCAAGAGUAGAUUGGAGCUUUACCAGUCCAGAGGCUCAAGAUUCCAUAAAUUACACCAAUAGGAAGAAAGAAAGAAUAGUACAUUGUCAUCAUAGUAAUUUGUAAAGGUUUUUCAGUCAUUCAUAUAUGUUGUAUCAUUCUCCUGAGUGUGUAUACAAAAGUCCAUAAACUUGAUUCAA